AUGACUAGUUCUAGUCGCAGGCAGCUUGAAAUUCAAGUACUGAAAGAUCGAAACACUCAGAAAUGGAGUGUUCCGCUGGCUGAAAACAUGUUCGAGAUCUUCAUGUCCAGGGGUGGUCCAACAGUGCAUACAGUUUUUGGUGAUGGAUCGCUGUUCAGUCCAUUCUUGUUCGGGAAAUUCUUCGAUCCAUCUGAUGCCUUCCCACUUUGGGAGUUUGAAUCCGAUGUUUUAUUAUCUAAGCUUCGGAGUUCCAGCAAGAGCACUGUCGAUUGGUGUCAAACAGAGGUUGAUUAUGCUCUGAAAGCAGAACUGCCAGGAGCUGGGAAAAAUAGUGUGAAACUCUAUGUUGAACAAGGGAGAGUUGUGGAGAUAAGCGGGCAGUGGAAGCAGCAACAAGACUCGAAGACAAGGGACUGGAGAAGUGGCGACUGGUGGGAACAUGGGUAUGUCCGAAAGCUGGAACUGCCGGAAAAUGCAGAUUGGAGAAAAAUGGAUGCGCAUGUGAUCAAUGACACUAUUUUGGAGAUCAGAAUUCCAAAGAGGACUUCAGAUUGUGAUGACACUAAAGGUAAUGAUGGGGUGAAGCAAGAGUGUGAAUCUAUUUGAGACUUAACACAGAAUUCACAAGGCCAAAGUUGUUCCCAACAUAUUAUGUAUAACUAAAAAUAGAUGGUCAAAGUGUGUGCUGUCAUAGUGCCCUUUUGCUAUCAGACAAUAGCAUGGGUCUAGUAAUGAAUAUGAUUCUGGUAUUACUAGAUAUAAGCCAUGGAUCGGUAGUUGCUUGUAUUAAGAAUCAACACAUAUGCCUAAUGGGACAGAAGAGCAACAAAACAUAUCAAACCCUUACCUGUUUACGUGGGGUAGCCUAUACGAAUUCUACCUAGCCAAGCAUUUCUUGGUCUUAAUAUAGCUUUAUCUUUUAUAAGGCCUUUAUAACUCAUAUUAUUCAAGUGUCUCCUAGAUACCAUGUGUCUUUCUUGGUCUUCCUCUAUCUCUUGUGAUACUUGUUCUAUUUUAUUCACUCUCUUCACACAGUACCAAACUAUCUUAAUUGAGUUC